AUGGAUUUCCUCCAACCCUUGCUCGGAACCCAAAAAGGAAACCUAACCGAAGGCCUCUCCAAACUCAAGAAUCACCUCUCCCGCCUCGGAUACCUCACCACCAUUCAUAAACCCUCCUCCUCUUCACCACCACCACACGAUGAUCUCUUCGACGGCGCUCUCCAACAAGCUGUAACAGACUACCAAUCCUUCUUCAGCCUCCCACCCACCGGCGCCCUCGACGCCGCCACCCUCGCCCACAUGGGGAAGCCGCGCUGCGGCGUCCGCGAUGUCUCCCCUCCCAACACCACAGCCCACUACACCUUCUUCCCCGGCCAGCCCAAGUGGCCGGCCGGGCGGAGAAACCUCACCUACUCCUUCCCACCGGGGACCCGAGCCGACGCCCACAAGGCCAUCCUCGACGCCACCAAUAUAUGGGCCAGCGUCUCGCCCUUGAAAUUCAAGUACACCAAGGACUACAGCGCCGCCGACAUCAAGAUCAGCUUCCAGUCGAGGGACCACGGCGACGGGUCGGCCUUCGACGGCAGCGGCGGGAUACUGGCCCACGCCUACGCCCCUACCGACGGGAGACUGCACUUCGAUGGGGACGAGAGGUGGGUGAAUGGGGUGGUGGGAGGGGCGUUUGAUUUGCAGACGGUGGGACUGCAUGAGCUGGGGCAUGUGCUUGGGCUCGGCCAUAGCCAAGAUGGUGGUGCGGUGAUGUUCCCUCAAGUUGGGAAUGGGUUCAGAAAGGUUUUGGGCAAAGAUGAUAUUGAUGGAAUUAGGGCUUUUUCCCCCUUAAUUCCCCCGGAUCUCAUCCCCCACCAUGGCUACGAUCAUCUCCCCAUCCUCCCCCGACGACAUCCCCACCGCCACGCUAGCCUCCCUCCGCCGUGCUGGAGCCCCGAGGAGACUGUCGCCCUCAUCGACGCCUACAAGGACAAGUGGUACUCCCUCCACUGCGGCAACCUCCGUGGCAACCACUGGCAGGAGGUCGCCGACGACGUGGCGUCGCGGUGCCCCGCCCUCCCGCCCAAGACCUCCGUCCAGUGCUGCCACAAAAUGGAGAAGCUCCGCAAGCGGUGGUUGAAAGAUCCGCCCAGAUUCAUCGCCACAACCGCGUGGAGUUCCCUCGGCUCUCACCCUCUUUCUCAGGCGGUGGUUGAAAUAUCCCCAGCCAUAAGGAUGUUAAAUUUUGGAAGCUAG